GGCACAGUUUCACUCGGAUUCAGGUUCCGCCAGGGCUGGAGUGUUUGGAGGGAAAAUGCCAGUCGUCGUCGUCGUCGUCGUCGAGGCCGUUCCCAAGAUCUGUUACCGCCAACCGUCGGCAAGACAGUCCGGUGCUCCAGACUCCAGCCGAACGUCGUCGAGUGAGGGUUCGUGUGUGCUGUGCGAUCCGAGUUCAUCCCCAAGAAGCGUUUCACCAGCCCAUCAGUCGUGUGGCUUUUUGGACGUGCAACUGGCGCAAACGCAAGCCCUCCAGAAGUGAAGGGAGCAAAAACAGUUUUAAAGAGCUAGAAGUGGCCGGUUGGAGCAAACGAAGGUUUGCUUGUGUGUUUGUGUGUUUGAGUGUAUGUGCGACCGUUGCGAUUCAACCUCAAAACAUAAAGUGCAUUCGGGAGAAAGAGAGAGCGAGGGAGAGCGUGCGUGUGUGUGUGUUGGUGUGCAAGAAUUACGGUGAAUGUGCAUCGGAAUUGCAUUGCCAAACCGCAUCAGCCUUGCCGUAGCGGGAUUCUUGUCUAAGAGCGGGUGUGUUUUGCUGCUGCUGUUUGUGCCAGUGUGUGUCGGUUGGUUGGCUGCACUUGUGCUGCGUCGCCGUGUUUAUGAGCGUAUAUUUGCAUAGUGCAGAAUUUUGUUGGCGUGUUGCGCCAAGUGCAUCUGGGUGCUGGACUGCAGGCUGAACGGGGGUGGCCAUUCCGGUUUUAUUUUUCUCGGAGAGCGGCCAGCAAGGGUAAGGUGUUGACGAAUUGUGCAAUUGCCCACCCACCCAGCUGAAGAGGCUUGUUGCGCGUGUCGCUUACUGGUGUGUGAGUGUCGAGUGUGUUUGUAUUUUGUGUUUGUUCCACGAGUUGUUAUUAUUUUGGUGUUGGCGUUCCAGUUGUCUGUGCCUGCGGUUCAGUGUUUUUUACUGCAUUUUCGUGCUAAUCGUUCGCCCAGUUCGUGGAGCGAGCCUUUGCUGCCAACAAUCGUGCCGAGAGAGUCCACGGGAGGUUAGAAUUCAGAAUAGAAGUGCGUGUGUGUGUGUGUGUAUCGGUCUGUGUACUGUUAACAGCCCACUCCCUCUAGUAAACACACACAAUCACAAAUAAAUCCAAACGCGCCUAAGUCGUGCCAGGCAAAUCGCCCUUUUGCUUUGACAUUCUACCCCGCUCAGCGCAGCGUCGGUGCCGUGACCAGGAUCCGUGGUCGCGAUCGGAAUUUUAAGGCUUUCCGCAGCAGGCUUUGACGGAUUCUCAGCAACGCGGUGCACCGAAACCGAAGAACAAACGAACGAUCAAGGAAUGUUAAGCAGCUUCUAGCCGAAGAUUGUGUCUAGAUGAUGUAAAAAAUUGGUACGCGAAUUCGUCCAACACCUGCUCUAGCUAGACACACUUAACCUUAAGUUCGGCAGGAUGGCGCUCCGAUUGCGCAAGGAUGUGCAGAAAGCGUCCUAUUACGUGUGGUUCCUGGGUGCGCAGGAAGCAAAGGCACUGCGAGGCACCCGCUCGCUACUGCCGAUGAUACCGCGCAUGGUGGAGAAAUCCAAGGAACAGGAACCGUUGAAGGUUACGCUGCAGGUUUCACACAAAGGAUUGAAAAUUGUGCAGGGUUCGGCAAAACACUUUAUCCCCCACGGAGCGAUCACUUGCUCGGUGCAGACGGAAGACAUCGUCGCCUGUACGCUGCUGCUGUACAAUCCGGCCACCAAAUGUCCGCUGCACGUUCAUGCAUAUCGGUGCGACUCGGAGCUAACCGCACAGGCCCUGCACGAUCAGCUGCAGGUGCUGAUCAACAGACCGGAAAACCAGAAGCGAUUCACCGAACUGGAAGCACGGCUCGGUUUGGCGGCCCAGCUAACCGGGGGUCCGGGCGGCAAUGGUGGUGGACCACCGCCCGGUGCGGCACUACCGAUUAUGGAUGGCCCGGGAAGGAAGCGGAUGCCACGGCGGUUCGAAUCGCCCCGUCGCUUUCCGGACUCGUCGCAUGGGAGUGAUACGGGCACGGCCAGCACCCGGGAGUCGGAGUGUUCCGAGGAGCAGCAGCAUUCGCCAACGUCCGGUCCAGUAUCGCCCCUGAUCAGUCAGUCGAAGCUGUACGAUUCGCUGGCAGCCGAACUGCGGGAGAAGCUAAGCGGAGGAGUUCCGCUACUGCUGCCUACGAAGGAUCCGGAACAUAAGAAGGAAGCCGUCCACAGUUCUAACGAUGCAUCAGCAAGACGGAUUCGCAACGGAUGCUUGACCGGGUCCAUCACGCCAUCUACCGGCGUUAACCAGAAGCAUGGCGUAUCGUCUCGUGGCUCUUCCGGCAUCGGGUCGGAUCUGGCCCCGAGCCCGGAACGACACGAUCCACAAAGCUCCAGCGAGGACGAAUGGGUAAACGAUCAAGAACCAACACUGAAUAGCAACUCCCAUCAUCAUGCCGGUGGCCGACCGGUCGAGCGCUACCUGGACGAUCAGCCAGUAACACGCAUGAGCAAGUACCGUGACGCUCCACCACCAACAACGUACCUCUACCCGAACGUACGCGACGAACCGACCCGUGCACGACAUCAGCGAUCGUCUAGCCGCGAAGAGGAUCGCAGUCUGCAGGGAUCUGUCAAUUCGCGCGAGGAGGAAGUGAAGCCAAUCAUCACCAACCAUACACCCCGGUAUCGCAAUCCAUACAAGCCAGCGGACGGGUACGGGCUGGAAGAGCGCAAGAAGAAAAUCACAAUCGAGGACAAGUACGUGGACGAACGUGACGUCGGUGGUCGAAGAAGUGGUCGAUAUCCGGCAGUGGAGGAUCGCGUCGUAGAGCAUCGUGGUGAUGAUGAGUUCCAGUACGGGAAGCCGCCACCAGCAACACAACCCGACACGAGACGCUACUUCGAGGAAGAGUACGAUCGUGACCGUUAUCGUGAGAACUUGACCGAUCGGCAGAAGUAUCGAGAUGUAUCGGCGAACGAGGGCAGUAAAUAUCGGGCCAGCAAGGAGUACGGUCGUCGCGGACCGGCGCAGGUGGCGUACGCCGACCGGGCUGACUAUCGUGAAUACUCACCGGAACGCAUCCCACCGAUGGUGUCGGGACGUGGGAAAUAUGCCGCAGCUCAGGACCAUUUCGGUGAGCGACAGGAUUUCAAGGUAGAGCGUGAAUCGUAUCACCGUUCACCACCGACGCACGCGAAAACCGAUCGGAUGAGGUACGGUCAUGAGGAUGCACACGAUAGCGUCGAUAGACGGCAGAUGUACCGAUCGGUGGCACCGGAAGAGGAAGCGUAUCGCGAGGAACGACGCUUCGGAGGGCACGAAGAAGCGCCGAAACGCAGCAGCUAUAAGCUGGCGGACAAGUACGAGGAACGCUGGAGACAGGAGAUGUCCGGUGGGUAUGGAGAUAUGGAACCGUCGACCGGCGGGCGCCGCUAUCAUCGUGAGGAGCCGAAACACGUGCAACCACCACCACAGACCCAGCCGGACUCGUGGAAACCGGAACCGCGAAAGAAGUCGGUCGAGAUACGCACCAGCUCACCCGAAUCGACCAUGCACCGUAUCUCGCCCAAGGAUCGGUUCCAGACGGCGAAGGAGAAAUUCCAACAGAUGGAACGCGAACGCCACGAGCAGGAACGGCUCGAGCAGGAACGUUUGGAGCGCGAACGGCUGCUGCACAGUAAGCGGGCAGUAGAACAUGCGCCCGCACCACGCCGUGGAUCGUUAGAACCGGCCGCUGUCAGUUCGCACGAAAGCAAUGGGUGGAGUUCGGACGAGGAACUACCGCCGAGAGGACAUCCACGCUCGAACGGUAGCCUGAACGGAUCGGGAGUUAAUGAAGCGAUCAGAGGUCCGGGCGGCUAUCGGGAACUAUCGCCGGAAGAGCGUUACCCGGGGCUGGACCGCGAACCUCGCGAACGCCGCAUGAUGCCGGCCAAGAGUCUUACGAAUCUGGUGAAAGGAUAUCGCCACAGCUAUGCAGAGCCACGUCCACCGCCCGUAUCGCGCAGCAGCGGUCGGGUCGGGUUGGCCGCCGUUAAUCCGUACUAGUAAGGGAAGCAGCUCAAACGAUGAGUCAGUAGAGAUAGGUAGUAAGCAGUAGACGGGUUCUCGCCCCAGAGAGACAGAGCCCGAACAACAAAUACUCUCCCGUACGUAGGAUGUAGCCGUUAUGUGUAGACUUAUUAAAUGCGUUUUUUUUUCUUUUUGGUUUUCAAUGUGCCUUAUAGUGUUUAUGGUUUGAAGCAUAUCUUUAGCCACCGGUGCGGUGCGGUGGACAAUGUACAUUGCUGCGGUUCUAUUACAAUAUGAAGAAUUUUUAAGAAAUAAAAUCACAUUAUAGCCGAA